GCACAAAGUUUAUCUUUUGAUUUUUAUUGGACCAGAUGUCUCUCUUGAAAUGGCCUUGUUAACCAGCAGUUUCUUCCCUCAAGUAGACUAAGUUUUGUUUUCUUAAUGAAUAUAUACGGCUAAAUGGUUUAAAUUGUCUUUGUUUACAGAUGUUCUCAAACAAUGAUGAAGCUGUGAUCAACAAAAAACUUCCAAAAGAACUGCUGCUUCGAAUUUUCUCUUUCCUGGAUGUGGUCACUCUGUGUCGUUGUGCUCAAGUUUCCAGGGCAUGGAAUGUUCUGGCCCUGGAUGGCAGUAACUGGCAGCGAAUUGACCUGUUUGAUUUCCAGAGGGAUAUUGAGGGCCGAGUAGUUGAGAAUAUUUCUAAAAGAUGCGGGGGUUUCUUGCGGAAGUUAAGCCUGCGUGGCUGUCUAGGAGUGGGAGACAACGCGUUAAGGACAUUUGCACAGAACUGCAGAAAUAUUGAAGUAUUGAACCUAAAUGGCUGCACCAAGAUCACAGAUGCUACGUGUACCAGUCUUAGUAAGUUCUGCUCUAAACUCAGGCACCUUGAUUUGGCUUCCUGCACUUCCAUAACCAACUUGUCUCUGAAAGCACUGAGUGAGGGAUGCCCACUGCUGGAACAGCUGAAUAUCUCCUGGUGCGACCAAGUGACUAAGGAUGGCAUCCAGGCUCUGGUGAGAGGUUGUGGGGGACUCAAAGCCCUGUUUCUGAAAGGCUGCACACAGCUUGAGGAUGAAGCUCUCAAAUACAUUGGUGCACAUUGUCCCGAACUGGUGACUUUAAACCUUCAAACAUGCUUACAAAUAACAGAUGAUGGUCUCAUUACAAUAUGCAGAGGAUGCCACAAGUUACAAUCCUUGUGUGCUUCAGGCUGCUCUAACAUUACAGAUGCCAUCUUGAAUGCCCUGGGACAGAACUGUCCAAGGCUUAGAAUAUUAGAAGUUGCAAGGUGUUCUCAACUAACAGACGUGGGCUUUACUACUCUAGCUAGGAACUGCCAUGAGCUUGAAAAAAUGGACCUGGAAGAGUGCGUCCAGAUAACAGACAGUACGCUAAUCCAGCUUUCCAUACACUGUCCACGGCUUCAGGUUCUGAGCUUAUCCCACUGUGAACUGAUCACGGACGAUGGGAUUCGCCACCUGGGAAACGGUGCCUGCGCACACGACCGCUUGGAGGUGAUCGAGCUGGACAACUGCCCUUUGAUCACAGAUGCCUCCCUGGAGCACCUGAAAAGCUGCCACAGCUUGGAGAGGAUAGAACUGUACGACUGUCAGCAAAUCACACGAGCAGGAAUCAAGAGACUCAGGACCCAUUUACCCAAUAUUAAAGUCCACGCCUACUUCGCUCCUGUGACUCCACCUCCUUCGGUUGGGGGCAGCAGACAACGCUUCUGCAGAUGUUGCAUCAUCCUAUGACACUGGAAGUGGUCAUCUUUGCAAACUGAGUAUUUAAUUACACUUGUAGAAUUACGGUGGACACCAGUAUCUUCAAGGAAAGCGAUACCAGUGUCAUUUGCAAGGGCCAGUGAAAGGGCCUGUGGUGCCAGGCCCUGUAGCCACCCAUACGCAUACAUAUACACACCCUACGUGUUCCAGCAAACUGAUGAACUCUGUGGUAUGGGAGCUGGAGCUGUGUUGGCUUCUUCUGUAGGUGGAGUGGUAUAAUUCUGAACCAUUCCUACUGGGCAUGCUCAGAUGAGAUCAUUGCGGUAAGGAGGGGAGGUUUUUGCAAACCCAAAAUGACUGUUGCUGCUGUUAAAGGAUUUCAGUUGCUGUUCCAACUUUGAAAUGGGUUGAGGGAGAGAAAGGAACCAUGCUUUAACCCCACAUCCACUGUUCAGGAAAAAAAAAGACAUAAAAAACUGAAGAAGUUUUGUGUCCAUUUUCAGUGAGGGAGUAAAACAGCAGCCAUUGUGAGACAUGAUUUACUUGUGCUUCUCUACUUCCCGUUCCCUGCUGACCACCCUGAGCAUGCUCACAUCGAAGGUUCAUCUGUUUCUUCUGUGUUUUGUAGCAUUCAGCUCAGAGGCUUCCUAGGUUGUUGUGAUAUAGCUUGAAAUCUGUAAUAUCAGGCUCAAUUUUUUUUAUCCUCCUCAUAUCGUACUUUUUUUUUACAGAUUUCUAAUUCAGAAAUUUUUUUGGGAUUUACCAAACAAAUUAUGAAUCAAUAAUUAUAUAUAAAAAAAAAAAGGUACUCUUUACCAUUAGAAGCCUGAGCCUGAGAUGACCUUUUAGGAAGAUCUUAAACAGAAAGUGAGCUGAACUACAGGCUAGGCUCUCAUAGGCUGCUUUGCCUGUUUUUUUUUGUUUUUGGGGUUUUUUUUUGUUUUUUAACCAGUAAUUGGGUCUCUGAAUUUGUUUUACAUUUCAGAUUUUACCCCAGUGAUGAGAGUAUAACCCUUGAUAUAAGGGACAAACUAUAGUCUCUAUUCCAGUGACUGCAAGUUCCCUGCUCUUUCUGCCUUUCCCUCCUACCCCCAAAGGAACAACAAAGUAGAAUCAUUUUUGCUUAUUGCCCUGGUCAAGAAAUAAUGACUCACUAAUUGAAGCAGAAGGAACAGCAGGCCUGAAAAUGUCCUCCAUCACUGUCCCAUUGUUACACAGUGAGGUGUGAGCGCUGGGUGAUUUUGCUGACUUUUGCACCUUCCACAGGUAAGUGUCUUGCCAUGGAGAAGGAACCGUCUGAAUGAAAUGGGGGGUUACUGUGUGCCAGUUCCUCCCAGCUGUCAGGGUAUGUGUUUAUAGAAGCUGCUUUUGAGGCAUUUCAGGCAAGAUUAAUCCAGGUGCUUCAAAGGAAUAUAGACAGCUUGAGCCAGCUCUGUGAACGCCCGAUUCCUUGAUGCUAGCAGUUCCAGAUGCCCAAUGUGAAACAUGUGAACAGAUGGGCAGACGCCAAGGGUUUAAUGGGGCAGAACUUGGUCAAACUGUAACAGGUUUGUGGAAGACAAGUUGAUGUGUAAGUAAUGGCACUCUUGCCGCUGUCUGCACCCCGGGAUAGAAGGGGGAGCAUGUGUUUACGAAAGGUUCCCAACUGACGGAGACAGAGGAGCAAGUCUGUUUAAUCAGCUUAGCUGCUAGCAGCCAAGGAAGUGGUACCUCACCUUUAUGCUGGAUAAUCAGAAGAUGGGGAAGAGCUGGCUGAAGCGCUAGGAAGGGCCGUUUCAGAGUUCUGAGGGCUUUUUAUCUACUGUGGGUUUGCUUUGAGAACCGUGUGUUACUACCCACCCUCUUAGCACCAUCUGAGUGAGCUAUUCAGGCAGUCAGAAGGGUUGUUUUGUAUCACAGAAGCUGUAGCCCCUUCACCUACAACUUAAUUUCCCCACCCCACCAAUAUACGCUUAACAAAGUCUUGCAGAUAACGCAGUCAGCUGGGAAGAAAACCAGUAUGCUGUGUUUAAAAGGAUACUGUCAAUUCUUUUCUUAUAGAUUGCUUUUAAUCCGAUAUAUUUAUUCAAAUCCUCUUUAGCACUGUGGUUUCUCUCUCCUCAAUGAGCCUGUUCUUAUACUUCAUUUGCAGAACUCCUUUCUCCGAUUUUCAGGGUGGCAGAAGAUAAUGGAGCUUCCCAUGGUAACAGACUGACUAUCUGAAUGGGCGGGUGCGCCUUGGGCAGAACCCAGCAAUCACAGUAUUUGCACAACUCUGGGAAAAACACUUUGGUUAGUUUAUAUUGUGGCAGGGGAGAGCUGAAAUUGGUUUGUAAGCCAGGGUAUAGCUGGCUGACUGAUGUCUUUGUAACAGAGCAGUUUUCAAGGGAAAACUCAAGAAUGCAGAACCCAAAGCGUUUUUUUCAAACAGGGUUAACAGCUAAGGUAGCUCAAACUACUUGACAGUGUCCUUUUAAGUCAAAGUAUCCGUCUUUAAAUGGACUCUUCCUUAUGUUUGUAUUUAUAAAUACCAAUAAACAACCAUUUUCCAAGCCUUGUCUUACUAGAGGAAUACCUUUGUAGAGCAAAAAAAAAUGCUUCUGCAUGUGGUAGCGUGUUGGACAUGGGCUGUGUUUGGGAGUUCUGUUUUAGCUCCCUGUGCAUUCGUCCUUGUUUCUGCUGGACUGAUGACUAGCUGAGAAGGAGGAUCGCUAGGCACUAGGUCAAGCGCUAGCCCUGUGUUUGAUCUGACGGCUACAGAGGGCAUCAACCCUUGAGAUUCAGGGACCACCUUUUAGAGGAAUGUUUUUGUAGUGUCCUUUUGAAGGAUAAGUGAUGCAAAACCGUGGCUCUCCUGAACAGUUCAGUGAGGAGCAAGCCCUGUCUGAAUAUUGAAUCAAUUUGAAGACUCCCUACUUGUGCCAAAUCCAUCCUUUCCAGCCUCUGGACUGGACUAGUUGGACCCAGUCAGUUCAGGUCCUUGAUUUGAGACCGUGAGCUGUUCUCUAUGUAUUGGCCCUUUCCUUGCCCUCCCUUGAAAACCCAUGCGCGCCCCGGAGUCCCGAGAUGCCUCUGUAGUUGUGUCCCGCAGUCACAGCGUGGAGGUUGGACUGUUUAUCACCACUUUGAAAAGUGUUUUGCUGUGACCUGGAUCUGCCUUUCAACACCUUAUCCCUGGCCACGUAGCGCAAGCACAGUUAGAGCUGAGCGUGGUCUUGAGGUGCUCGUUGGACUUUCUGAGCAGACGGGUGGAGAGAAGAAGGGGCAUCUCUAACAAAGUAGCCUGAGACCUUCUGGACGAGUGCUGUUGAGAUCCUCCAGGGGAGGUGCUGUGAGGUGACCUGAUGCAACCAAAAAUUAGGCUUUUCUUUUUCUUUUUUAUUUUGACACACAGCAGCACUUUUGAUGGUGAUUCUGCCUGCUCCUGAUGAGGAUGUGGCAAGUGUAACAUGCUGUCACAAUGGUUGUUUAAAACAGAAACUUUAACAAAUUCCUAUUUUCUAAACGUCAUUGUAAUUUUCCUUUUUUAUUUUACUCUGAAUGUGUUGUUCAUGGCUGGCCCAUGGUGUCAUGAUUUUGGGGGGGUAUUUUUUUGUUUUGGGUUUUUUUUUUUUUUGGUUUGACGGGGUGGGGGGUGGAUGGGAGAUCAGUAUGACAAGGUUCUUUGCUGCAGUGUCCCAUGGCAAGCGUGCGCCCUGGAAAUGGGGUUUAAAAUGUCUCGUCCCCUUGUGAUGAAGGAUUGCACGCGGUUUCUUUUUUUUGUUUUGUUUGAGGUUUUUGGCAUCCAAAAGAGCUGACCGUGAUUUCUCUUCCAUUCUCUCUCCACGCUUGGCCACUCAGCAGAGGUAGCCGGUGCUGAGGGUCUCUGUGCUGCACCUUGGCCCUGGCUCCAGGGGGCCGUGGGAGGCCACAACAACAAAAUUUAGGGGAAGAAGCGGCUUUGCUCACAGCUUCGGUCCACGCUCCAGAGCCGUGUGCCUUGUCCCCUCGGCUCCGGCUGCCUUCGCACCGCGGCAGGGCACCUUUCCUAGGCAGCCUGCGCGUGCUGGUGGCCGUGCACGGGACCGCUCAGCAGCGACACCCGCUCUGCGCCGCUUGUUGCGCGGGGCCCUUGCUCAGCCGCCGGCACGUGGAGCUGCCGGUGCCAGCAGUUGGCUGGCCUUUAUUUACGUGAAGCUUGGGUGUGUUCGGGUUUUUUCCUUUUUUUUUUUUUUUUUUUUUUUUAUUUUAGCAAGGAAAUGAUGCCCUGCUCUGCCCAGCUGGUGUGACGCUCUCCGUGCUGAGACGACCUCCGUAAGGCGUUUGCCGUGUCGCGGGGCCGGUGCUCUGCCCCGGGCGGCCGCGGGGGCCGCCAGCGCGGCCAGCCCGG